UUCAGGUUUUUUCGUUUAUUUAGGAUCGAAAGCAAACACGAGGUAAACAUCACCGGUGGACUUAAUGAGUUCAAUGUUAAGUUCUAUGGGCCAUCUGGAACCGCAUACGAAGGAGGAGUUUGGCGUGUACGUGUUGAGCUUCCCGAGAAGUACCCGUUUAAGUCACCAUCAAUAGGAUUUAUGAAUAAAAUUUUCCAUCCUAACAUUGAUGAAGCAAGCGGAUCCGUCUGCCUUGAUGUAAUUAACCAGGCAUGGACCGCGUUGUAUGAUCUAGCAAAUAUAUUUGAGUCAUUUCUUCCGCAGCUUCUCACUUAUCCAAACCCUACAGAUCCUCUGAAUGGUGAUGCCGCUGCUCUUUACCUGCAUAAACCUGAGGAGUUCAAGAAGAAGUGCAAGGACUAUGUAGAACGAUUUGCGUCCGAAGAUGCGUUACGCCGAUUCUUCAACGAAGCAUCCUCCAAACCGGACUAUAGGACAGAGAAGCCUGGUGAUGACUCGGAUAUCUCGAGCAUGUCGGACUUUUCAGAAGAUGAAGCUCAAGGCAUGGAAUUAUGA